AUGGGCUUCCGGGAAGGAGAAGGUCUCGGAAAAUAUGGCCAAGGCAGGAAGGAUAUUGUUGAGGCCUCCAAUCAGAAGGGAAGGAGAGGUUUUGGGCUGACCCUCAAAGGAUUUGAUGGGGAGCUCAAUAUUGAUUGGCAGGAUGAGCCAGAGCCCAGUGCCUAUGAGGAGGUGGACUGGUGCCUUGAGUGUACCACGGAAAUCCCUGAUGCCCAGGAGCUGAAGGAGUGGAUGACUGUGGGGAAGAGGAAGAUGGUGAUUGAAGAUGAAACAGAGUUCUGUAGUGAAGAGCUUUUACGUAAUGUCCUGCAGUGCAAGAGUGUAUUUGAUGAGCUGGAUGGAGAAGAAAUGCGUCGAGCCCGAACAAGGUCUAACCCAUAUGAGAUGAUCCGUGGAGUUUUCUUCCUGAACAGGGCUGCAAUGAAGAUGGCAAAUAUGGACCAUGUCUUUGACUACAUGUUUACAAACCCUAAGGACUUCCAUGGGAGGCCCUUGGUAAAGGAGCGAGAUGCAGAGCUGCUCUACUUCGCCGAUGUGUGUGCUGGUCCCGGAGGCUUCUCUGAGUAUGUCUUGUGGAGGCGGAAGUGGCAUGCGAAAGGAUUUGGCAUGACCUUGAAAGGACCAAAUGAUUUUAAACUAGAGGACUUCUAUUCUGCUUCCAGUGAGCUCUUUGAACCUUAUUAUGGAGAGGGAGGGAUUGAUGGAGAUGGAGACAUCACUCGCCCAGAGAACAUUACUGCUUUCCGGAAUUUCGUCUUGGACAAUACAGAUCACAAGGGAGUGCAUUUCUUAAUGGCUGAUGGGGGUUUCUCGGUGGAGGGUCAGGAGAAUCUGCAAGAGAUCCUAAGCAAACAGCUGAUGCUUUGCCAGUUCCUUACAGCACUGUCCAUUGUCCGGACAGGAGGACAUUUUGUCUGCAAAACCUUUGAUCUGUUUACUCCAUUCAGUGUGGGACUUGUUUAUCUGCUGUAUUGCUGCUUUGAGCGAGUGUGUAUCUUCAAACCUGUGACAAGCCGCCCUGCUAACUCAGAGAGGUACGUGAUAUGCAAAGGAUUAAAGCUUGGGAUCGAUGACGUGCGGGACUAUCUCUUCAUGGUGAACAUCAGACUUAACCAGCUGCGCAACUCUGAUGUGGACGUGAAUCUUGUUGUCCCAUUGAACGUGAUCAAAGGCGACCAGGAUUUCUACGAUUACAUUGUCCAGUCCAAUGAAAACCACUGCAAAGUUCAGAUAAAGGCACUAGCCAAAAUUCGUGCCUUUGUUCAAGACACGACACUGAUUGAGCCACGGCAGGCUGAAAUCCGAAAGGAGUGUCUCCAGCUAUGGGGGAUUCCUGAUCAGGCUCGUGUUGCUCCUUCAUCUUCAGAUCCCAAAUCCAAGUUCUUUGAGCUGAUCCAGGGCACGGACAUUGAUACUUUCAGUUACAAACCCACUCCUCUGAAUUCCAGUACACUGGAGAAAAUUCGCCAAGUGUUGGAUUACCGGUGCAUGGUGUCUGGAAGUGAGCAGAAGUUCCUCUUGGGGCUAGGGAAAUCACAGAUCUACACCUGGGAUGGUCGCCAGUCAGAUCGCUGGACAAAGCUGGAUUUGAAAACUGAGCUGCCACGAGAUACCCUUCUCUCUGUGGAGAUUGUUCAUGAGCUGAAAGGCGAGGGGAAAGCCCAGCGAAAAAUCAGUGCUAUCCACAUUCUUGAUGUUUUGGUGCUGAAUGGCAAUGAUGUUCGAAAGCAGCAUUUCAACCAGAGGAUUCAGCUGGCGGAGAAGUUUGUCAAAGCUGUCUCUAAACCUAGUCGGCCAGAUAUGAACCCUAUCAGAGUGAAGGAAGUGUACAGACUGGAGGAAAUGGAAAAGAUUUUUGUGAGGUUAGAGAUGAAAAUCAUCAAGAGUUCGGGGGGAAUACCCCGGCUGUCCUACACUGGCCGAGAUGACCGGCACUUUGUGCCCACAGGACUCUACAUCGUACGGACUGUGAAUGAUCCCUGGACAAUGGCAUACAGCAAAAACUCCAAGAGGAAAUUCUUCUUCAACAAAAUGACCAAGAAAGCGACAUACGACCUCCCUCCUGAAUCCAUCGCACCCUUUCACAUCUGCCAUUACAGCCGCCUCUUCUGGGAGUGGGGGGAAGGUGUCAAAGUCCACGACUCUCAGAAAAGGCAAGAUCCAGAGAAGCUAUCAAAGGAAGAUGUCCUGUCUUUCAUCCAAGCACACUACCCUUAACCCUGCUCUCUUGAGGAGUGCAAGGGGAGCUGAGCCCAGCUUGGAUUCUUCAGGGACUGAUGAGACUGGGGAGACUCCACAACUUCUAUCCUGGUCUUCUCCAGAGCUGAUUUCCUGGAAAUGAUCUAACCAGGGGGUAGUACGCAGAGGCCCAGGACAAGGCUCUAACCUGGCAGUGUAUAUAAGAAUACAGCCCAGGUAGUGCCUGCUGCUGGAGUACCCAGGAGUGGUGACUCCUGGAGCCAAGGCCUAACGCCCUUUUGUCCUGACCUACUGCAUGCAUGAGGCCAGGGGGCUGGCAGCUUGCUUUGCUCCUGCUCAGAGAUUCAGCGAGGUUUGUGGAGCUCUGUGUGUGCCAGAACUCUCCAGGCUCGUGCUUCUUUGUCAGUGUAGAAAGGAGCAGAGAUGUCUUGGUGGCAGAGCUGGGCAACAGGACAUUGAAGCGGCCCUGCAUUG